AUGGUUCUUGCGGCUCGUUGUGGGCAGGCGGCGGCGCUUCUGCGCCAGCGAUGCCUCGUUGAGGCUCGUCCCGCCCUUUCUCUCCGCGCCUUUUCCUCCCAGACCUCCGCUCGCUCAGCGGCCUCGACUCUGCGACUGCAGAAGCUCCCCUCUGCCGGCCGCUCGCAGCAGCUGCGCGCCUUCUCCAGCACCCUGAACCGUCUGGCGGAUGCCCAGAAGGCUCCUUCCUCCGAGUCUUAUCUCGCCAGCGGUGUGGUUAAGCCUGGCAGCAACCUCGUCGAUGUGAAGAAGGUCCUGGUCAUUGGUUCCGGUGGUCUGAGCAUCGGUCAGGCUGGAGAGUUCGAUUAUUCUGGUUCUCAGGCUCUGAAGGCUCUCAAGGAGGCCGGCGUCCAGUCCGUCCUGAUCAAUCCCAACAUUGCCACCAUCCAGACCGACCACAAGCUGGCUGACGAGGUCUACUAUCUGCCUGUCACUCCCGAAUAUGUCACUCACGUUAUCGAGCGCGAGCGCCCUGAUGGUAUUCUCCUCACCUUUGGUGGUCAGACCGGCCUGAACCUGGGUGUGCAGAUGAACCGCAUGGGUAUCUUUGAGCGCUACGGUGUCAAGGUCCUCGGUACCAGCAUUCAGACCCUGGAGACCAGUGAGGAUCGUGACCUCUUUGCCCAGGCCCUGAAGGAGAUCAACAUCCCCAUUGCUGAGUCUAUUGCUGUUGGCACCGUUGACGAUGCCUUGAAGGCUGCUGAGGAGGUCGGCUAUCCGAUUAUUGUUCGGUCCGCCUAUGCCCUGGGUGGUCUGGGCUCUGGUUUCGCCAACAACGAGGAUGAACUCCGUGACUUGUCUUCUCGCUCCCUGUCGCUUGCUCCCCAGAUCCUCGUUGAGAAGUCUCUCAAGGGCUGGAAGGAGGUUGAGUACGAGGUCGUCCGUGAUGCUGCUAACAACUGUAUCACCGUCUGCAACAUGGAGAACUUCGACCCGCUCGGUAUCCACACUGGUGACAGUAUCGUUGUUGCUCCCAGUCAGACCCUGUCUGACGAGGAGUACCACAUGCUCCGUACUGCGGCUAUCAAGAUCGUUCGUCACCUGGGUGUCGUUGGCGAGUGCAAUGUCCAGUACGCGCUGCAGCCCGAUGGCCUCGACUACCGCGUAAUUGAGGUCAACGCUCGUCUGUCUCGUUCCUCUGCUUUGGCUUCCAAGGCUACUGGCUACCCGCUCGCCUAUACUGCUGCCAAGAUUGGUCUCGGCCACACUCUUCCUGAGCUUCCCAAUGCUGUCACCAAGACCACUACUGCCAACUUCGAACCCAGUCUGGACUACAUUGUCACCAAGAUCCCUCGUUGGGAUUUGAGCAAGUUCCAGCAUGUCAACCGUGACAUUGGCAGUGCCAUGAAGUCUGUUGGUGAGGUCAUGGCUAUCGGCCGUACUUUCGAGGAGUCCCUGCAGAAGGCUAUCCGUCAGGUUGACCCUAGGUUCCUUGGUCUCCAGGGCGAUCACUUCGAGGACCUCGAUGAUGUUCUGAAGAACCCCACUGACCGCCGCUGGUUGGCUGUCGGCCAGGCCAUGCUCCACGAGGGUUAUUCUGUUGACAAGGUCCACGAGCUUAGCAAGAUCGACAAAUGGUUCCUGUACAAGAUCCAAAACAUUGUGGACUGUAACAACGAGCUGAAGGAGAUCGGCAGCCUGUUCGGCAUCACUGCUGAGACCAUGAUGAAGGCCAAGAAGCUUGGGUUCUCCGAUAAGCAGAUUUCUCUGCUCGUUGGUGCCUCCGAAGAUGACGUUCGUGCCCGCCGUAAGUCCUUCGGCAUUACCCCCUGGGUCAAGAAGAUCGAUACCCUGGCUGCUGAGUUCCCUGCGGACACCAACUACCUCUACACUACCUACAAUGCCACCUCCCAUGAUGUUACCUUUGAUGACCACGGCACUAUCAUUCUGGGUAGCGGCGUGUACCGUAUUGGUAGCUCCGUCGAGUUUGAUUGGUGCGCUGUCAACGCUACUCUCUCCCUGCGCAACAUGGGCAAGAAGACUGUCAUGAUCAACUACAACCCCGAGACCUACUCCACUGACUUCGAUACUGCUGACAAGCUGUACUUCGAGGAGCUGAGUUACGAGCGUGUGAUGGAUAUCUACGAGCUCGAGAGCGCUAGCGGCGUUGUUGUCUCUGUCGGUGGCCAGCUGCCCCAGAACAUUGCUCUCCGUCUCCAGGAGACUGGCGGUGCUAAGGUUCUCGGUACCGACCCUGCCGAUAUUGACAAGGCCGAGGAUCGUCACAAGUUCUCCCAGAUCCUGGACAGCAUUGGUGUUGACCAGCCCGCCUGGAAGGAGCUGACCUCCGUUGCUGAGGCCGAGAAGUUCGCUGACUCCGUUGGUUACCCUGUUCUGGUUCGCCCCAGUUACGUUCUGUCCGGUGCCGCCAUGAACGUCAUCUACAGUGUUGACGAGCUUAAGGAGAAGCUCCUCAACGCUAGCGCCGUCUCCCCUGACCACCCUGUCGUGAUCACCAAGUUCAUCGAGGGUGCUCAAGAGAUCGAUGUUGAUGCUGUCGCUUCCGGUGGUAAGCUGCUGGUUCACGCCGUCAGCGAACACGUUGAGCCUGCCGGUGUCCACUCCGGUGACGCCACCCUCGUCCUCCCCCCGGCCAACUUGGAGGAGUCCAUCAUGGCUCGUGUUAAGGAGAUUGCUGAGAAGGUCGCCAAGGCCUGGAACAUCACUGGUCCCUUCAACAUGCAGAUCAUCAAGGCCGACCAGGAGGGAGCUGAGUCCCAGCUCAAGGUCAUUGAGUGCAACCUGCGUGCCUCUCGUUCGUUCCCCUUCGUCAGCAAGGUUCUGGGUACCAACUUCAUCGAUGUCGCCGCCAAGGCGCUCGUCGGCCGUGACGUUCCCGAGCCUGUCGAUCUCAUGAAGGAGAAGCGCGACUACCUCGCUACCAAGGUGCCCCAGUUCAGCUGGACUCGUCUUGCUGGCGCCGACCCCUUCCUGGGCGUCGAGAUGGCUUCUACUGGUGAGAUUGCUUGCUUCGGUAAGGAUCUCGUCGAGGCCUACUGGGCUUCUCUCCAGUCCACCAUGAACUUCCGCAUGCCCGAGCCUGGUGAGGGUAUUCUGCUCGGCGGUGACAUUACUCAGCCCUAUUUGUCCACCAUCGUCGACUACCUGAACCCUCUCGGUUACAAGUUCUACGCCGCCAACCCUGAGGUCAAGGCCCACCUCGAGUCUACCUGCAAGGACAACGUCUCCAUCCAGGUUAUCGAGUUCCCCAAGAAGGACAAGCGCGCUCUGCGUGAGGUCUUCCAGAAGUAUGACAUCCGUGGUGUUUUCAACCUGGCCAAGACCCGUGCCAAGACACAGCUCGAUGAGGACUACGUUAUGCGCCGCAACGCUGUCGACUUUAGCGUUCCCCUGUUCAUGGAGCCCAAGACUGCUCAGCUCUUCGCUCAGUGCAUGAACGAGAAGCUGCCCCGCUCCGAGGGCACCAUCCCCUCCGAGGUCCGCACCUGGUCCAACUUCGUCGGCGGCAAGUUGCUGUAA